AUGGAUUUGCCCCCAGUCCAACAACAACAAUCUCAACCCUCCAGAACUCCCACAGCAAGCAGAUCUUCUGCAUCAAAGACAACAAGGGCUACAAAGUCUGAUGCAGCCCCUUCCACUGUGAAAACCAGAACCUCUGUUGCUACACAAGUUCUGAAGACAAAGUCUGAUGUGCCAACAAACUCUGAUACAGUUCCAACAAUAAACUCUGACACAGCUAGCCCUCAGUCAAGAAAAGUCAGAUUUAAAGCAAGGGCAAACAAGCCUAAGAAGGCAAAGGUUCCCAUCACUGAGAUAACUGAUUUCACUCUUGAGGAAGAGCAAGCACCAUCUACUACUACUCCUGAUUUAUCUCAAGCUCUGAUGGGUGCCAUUAUUCAUGAUACAGCUCCAGAAAAUUACAAGUCAGAUGCUGUAAUUGAAGACUCUGACAAGGUAGUACUGGAAGCAUUGCAGUCUCUUGCCAAAGCUGAUGAGGAGCCCAGCAAAUCAAAAUCUGCAGAUAAAGAGAAUGUUGUUCCAGAUUCUGUUAAAGAUGCUGUUGAUCCUGCAUCUGAUGAUGCUGAGGAUGAUGACAAUGAAGAUGAUGAAAAUGAGGAUGAAACAUCUAAGUCAGUAGAUGGUCUUAGAACAGAGGUAGCUAACUUUAAGGAAACUCAGAAUAUGGAUAAGAAAAGGCAUUUACUACCUCUGAAGGAAGACAUGAAGAAGCUGAUCAAUGAAAGAGUCAACGUUGUGAGUCUAUGA